GCAAUGCUCAUCAAGAAGUUAUCAAGCAAUUUCUGUCUUUGAUGGAAAAUGUUGAUGAUAGAAUGAAGGAAACAUUUCAGUUUCUGGGGUAGCUGCAUAGUUGUGAAACUUGGCAAAGAGUUACAGAAAAGCUUAGUUGGCACUUGCUGGUUUGGUCUUUUUGAUUAGUUACUGAAACAGGAUGCUAGCUUGUUAGUGAUCAUUUAACGGUGAGGUGGUACAGUUGAAUUGUAAGACCAUCAUGAAUGAUUUGUAGAUUUGAUAUUAACUAUACAAGCAGGAAAUGAAAAUUUUUUUUUUUUGGUACAUAGGAGGCCACAGCUUGGGGAUAGGAGAAGGGAUUGCAGGUGUUGGGAUUUGAACUUCAGACUUACCGGAUGUCACCUUUUAAAGAACAUGCACAAUGGGUAUCCAACUGAACCUUUAGUGCGGUUUCUCAAGGCAAGAGACUGGAACGUUCAGAAAGCUCAUAAAAUGUUAAUUGAUUGCUUGCAAUGGAGACUACAGAAUGAGAUUGACAACAUAUUAGCAAAACCAAUUAUUCCCACUGACUUGUAUAGAGCAGUACGAGAUUCUCAUCUUGUAGGAUUGUCGGGUUACUCAAAAGAGGGUCUUCCUGUCAUUGCUAUCGGUGCUGGGCUCAGCACAUAUGAUAAAGCAUCUGUGAAUUACUAUGUACAGUCACACAUUCAAAUGAACGAAUAUAGAGAUCGUGUAGUAUUGCCUACGGCCACAGAAAAGUAUGGACAGCAUAUUAGCAAAUGUGUGAAGGUUUUGGAUAUGACUGGCUUGAAGCUUUCAGCAUUGAACCAAAUAAAGCUAUUGACUACAAUAGCAAAAAUUGAUGACUUGAAUUAUCCCGAGAAGACAGCAACAUACUAUAUUGUCAAUGUGCCAUACAUAUUUUCAGCAUGUUGGAAGACUGUAAAACCUCUUGUGCAAGAAAGGACGAAGAGAAAAAUUCAGGUGCUUCAAGGUUGUGGAAGGGAUGAGUUACUGAAAAUAAUGGAUUAUUCCUCCCUCCCACAUUUUUGUCGAAAAGAAGGUUCUGGAUCCUCGCGUCACAGCAGCAAUGUAGCCAUAGAUAAUUGUUUCUCAUUGGAGCAUACCUUCCAUCAACAGCUUUACAAUUACAUAAAGCAGCAAGCUACGCUUACAGCGACUGGUUUGCCGAUCAAACAGGGGUCAGUUCAUGUAGAUUUUCCGGAGCCUGAUCCAGAAGGUACCAAAAUUGCAAAGACUAUCGAAUCUGAGUUCAACAGGCUUGCAGAUCAGAAUGGUCUAUGCAACUCAUUAAAUGGUCUUAAAGUAGAUGGUGAUUAAUUUUAGACAUAUUGAUUACAUAUUUGUUGCCAAUAUGAUAUGAAAAGUCAGCACUUGACGGCCAAAGGCUCAUCUACAUUCGAGUGAGAGGCCAUGCAUUUUAGUUAUCAAAUAUAAUAGCAGAGUUUUCUUGCAUCAGCUUGAUGCAGGUUUGGUAGGCAACAAAUCUGGUGUAACUUCAUACCCCACCUAGAGGUAUAUCUAAUACAUCCGUGCUUGCAAGCUAUUCAGACUUGGUUCGAUUAUUAUUGAGAAGUUUGAGUAAUUUAAUUUAUUUAGCGAGUUGAGUUUGAGUAUUUUAAUGUUUGAUUUGAGUAAUUAGCGAAUUUG